GCGGCACACACGCACGCGGGCGCGCGCGGCGGCGCGAGGCGAGGUGUGCGAACGCGAACACGAGAGAAGUGAAGUGGUAGUGGUAGAGGCUGAGGGGCCACCGCAAGCAGAAAAGUACCUGAAGUCGAACUGUUUACUUCUCGGAUUAAAAUGGACGUCGACGAUGGACCAAGAACUCCUAAUCCGCUGGAGAAGGAAGAGGAGAGACGGAAUUUCCGUCGAAUUGAGUGUGCUUUCAAGUAUUACAAGAAACAUUCACUAGCUAGAAUCUCCAAAACUGAAGCUUUCAUGUCAUCUUUGCCUGAACGUCACCAAGAAAUGCUUGAGAAAUACAAGCAACAUUUGGGAACUAUCAGGCAAUGUAUUGAAAAAAAUGAGAAAAUUAUAAACCUUAUUAUUCGUGAUGUCAAUUGGAUGUUUGUGAAUAUUCAUCCGGACAAUGCAGACGACCUAGACAGCAACAUUAAUCAUUCGUCCAAUGUGUCCAAUGAUUUGGAGAGAGUUCAAACUACUCUUAAACAACUUGUUCGUGAUUGGAGUUCAGAAGGAGCUAAAGAAAGAAUGAUGUGCUACCAGCCCAUUAUUGAUGAACUAUUGCGAACUUUCCCCCAAAAUCUUUGUGACCCUGCAAACAUCAAGGUUUUAGUCCCAGGUGCAGGCCUAGGACGCCUAGCAUUUGAAAUAGCACGUAAUGGUUAUGAAUGCCAGGGAAAUGAGUUCUCCUUGUUCAUGCUGUUUGCAUCAAAUUUUGUUUUGAACAGGAUUCAUGAAGUUAAUGCAUAUGAACUUUUCCCUUGGGUGCACCAGAACUGUAACAUUUUGAAAGGAGAGAGCCAGACAAGAAGUGUUCUCUUUCCUGAUGUGAAUCCCUCUGAUCUACCUUCUAGUACCUUUUCUAUGACGGCUGGUGAUUUCUUGGAGGUUUAUGUUGAACCUGAGCAGUGGGACUGUGUUGCCACUUGUUUCUUUAUUGACUGUGCUCAUAACAUAGUUUCAUUUAUUGAGACUAUUUACAACAUUUUGAAACCAGGUGGUGUAUGGUUGAAUCUUGGUCCUUUGCUUUACCACUUUGCUGAUAAUGCCAAUGAAAAUUCCAUUGAACCCUCGUAUGAAGUGGUUCGCGAUAUUAUUGAAAAAGUUGGCUUUCAAAUAGAGAAGGAGGACACAAAUGUAUCCACAACUUACUCCCAAAUGCAAGAAUCAAUGUUGCAGCAGGAAUAUAAAAGCGUAUUCUUCAGGUGUCGCAAACCGGCCUUCCAACAAAAUGGGCAUGCCCACCCAGAGAAGAAUUCUGCUGGUCAGAAGAGAUCAAUUCAAGAUACAUAGAUGAGGACUUUCGGCCUUUCUUAUGUAACUAUUCUAGUGUGUGUGACCCCAGGACACUCCAUGUGCUUUUUAGCAUAUUUCUUGACCAAAAUUGUAGGGUCUAUUUAUCCAACUGACAUGUUUAGUGAGUGUUCCCUUAAUAUUUUGACUCAGUGGUAUAAUCUCGUGUUUUUCCUCCUAUGCGUGGUGAGUUUUUCAGUUGAUAUUAUAAGAAUGCUUGCCGGUCCAAAAUGUCUGAAAUACUUUUUGCAUUAUUUUUUUUUUUGCACAGGUUCCUGAUUAUUUGUUUUACAUAGUCUAAAUGUAUGUGAUUGCUAUGUCACUAUUGUCUCAACAUUGUUUUGUUUUCUAAUAGGAUCUAUGUUAUUUUCUUAUAUGAUUUAUUUGUGAUAUUGCAGCUUUGAGAGAAGUAAGUUUUCAAAAGGGGUAUUGGUCUCCAUUCUGUUAUUUUCUCAAAUAUAUAAAUGUGCUUCUGAAAUUGCUGCAACAACUAAUUUUCUAAAUUAAAGAAAAAUAGCUAGGAGUUUAAAGUACUUUUCAUAAUUUGAAAAACAUGUUAUUAAAUGUGUUCCCUACUAAUGCAAUCAAACCUAGCUCAGCUAUGGUUUGUCCAAAUGUUUUGGUACGUCUCUCUCCCUCUCCCUUAAAAUAAGAAAUUAAUUGUUUUGUUUUGACUUUUGUUACCGGAUUUUAUACUUUCUGAAUUUAAUUUUAUCUCAUGAACUUUCGUCAGUCUUGUGCAAGACUUUGAGACUCUCAAAUGUGAGAUUUUGAACAAACUUAUGUAUAACUUUUCUUUUGUGGUUGCUCUCACCUCUUGGUAGUUGAUUCCCUGUACUUGUUGCCAUGAUGCAUGUAGUCAUAAAUUUUGAAGUGAUUGGACUGAGAGGGUUGUGUUCUUGCAGAGAUAAAUGCUAUCUCUGGUUCUUGUUCUUAAAUGAUUUAAGACCUAGUAUUAAAACUUUCUUUGUAAUAAAAUUUGCUAUUAAAACGUAAUGCUGGUAUAA